GCGAUAGCAGUAUGGCAGUCACUCCGUGGCAGUUCCGCUUCUUCGAUGUCUCGCAAGUCAAGCUCCCCGACGAAGAGAGCUCCUUCCUGUCCGAGAUUGGCGAUAUCACGUGCAUAACAUCCGGAUCGGAGAGCAUCUUCUUCGGUGGUGCAGAUGGCGUCGUUCGCAUCGUGUCGCAGGCCUUCAAGGUCGUGCGCACGUUCAAGGCCCAUGACGCAGGCUCAAUCACCCACAUGAAGCAGGUCGAGGGAACCUCUCUCCUCGUCACCAUAGCCGAAGACCUUUCCAGCGAGCCGGUUCUGAAAGUGUGGGCCUUGGACAAGCUUGAGAAGAAGACGGGCAUUCCACGGUGCCAGAGCACUCUCACCAUUCACAAUGGGCGCAAACAGUUCCCCAUAUCCGCAUUUGCAGCGCUCGACAACCUCUCCCAGCUGGCAGUUGGAUUCGCAAAUGGCGCCGUUACCGUCGUACGCGGCGACCUCAUACACGACCGCGGCGCGCGACAACGAACCGUAUUUGAGUCCGAAGAGCCUAUUACUGGUAUCGAGUUCAGGGAAGGAAACAUUACGGCUCUGUACAUUGCGACCACCGCCCGUAUCAUGACGCUCGUAAUAUCUGGAAGGGGCCAGGGCCAGCCUGCAAAGUCUCUCGACGAGUACGGCUGCGCCGUGGGAUGCAUGGCUGUGGACAAAUCGACGCGGGAUGUGGUGGUUGCACGCAACGAUGCCAUUUACUACUAUGGCCAGCACGGCCGUGGGCCACCCUACACAUAUGAAGGCGAGAAAAAGAUGAUUUCGGUCUUCAAGGAUUACAUUGCCAUCAUUGCGCCUCCCAAGUCAAACGCGAUGCCACGGACCAAUCCUCUCAGAGCCUUUGGCGUUGGCGCUGCCGAUGAUGUUUUCAAUACCUCUACCUUUACGCUUCUCAAUACGGAGUUGAGGUUUAUCGCGCACCAAGAACAGCUGACCUCACAGGUCAAGGCCGUCGUCGCCGAAUGGGGUGACUUGUUCGUCUUCACAAUCGAUGGAAAGAUUUUCAGGUAUCAUGAAAAGCCUUUUGCGCAAAAACUCGACAUACUCUACCAACGUAAUCUGUAUGUUCUGGCUAUCAACUUGGCCCAGAAGGCCGGACUGGACUCGUCCCAACAGAACAUCAUCCUUCGCAAAUUUGGCGACUACCUGUAUUCCAAGCAGGACUAUGAUACUGCUAUGCAGCAGUAUCUCAAAGCCAUCGAUAACACUGAACCGUCUCAGGUCAUCAGAAAGUUUCUCGACACGCAAAGGAUCCACAACCUGAUAGAGUACCUGGAAGAACUCCAUGACCACCACAAGGCGACAUCAGAUCACACUACUCUGCUCUUGAACUGCUACGCCAAGCUCAAGGAUGUAGAGAAGCUUGAAGAAUUCAUCAAGUCACCGGACGAUCUCAAGUUUGAUCUCGAUACUGCCAUCUCAAUGUGUCGACAAGGAGGUUACUACGACCAAGCAGCUUUCCUUGCCCGAAAGCAUGGCGAACAUGAACUGGUCGUCGACGUUCUGAUUGAGGAUUCAAAGCGGUAUGCGGAGGCGUUAGCCUACAUAUGGCGACUGGAACCAGAAGUGACCUAUUUCAACCUCAUGAAGUACGCCACAGUACUGCUGCAGCACCUACCCAAGGAUACUACGCAGUUGUUCAUCGAUUACUACACUGGGAAAUUCCGGCCGAAGCAAGACGCUAUCGUAAUACCCAAUGCUCCUUCAUCUGGGGGAGGCAUGAGUAUGGGUCUAGGCGUUGCAUCCAGCGCUGUGCAGAAUCUUGCUGCACUGCUGCCUUUGCCUUACAUGAACACCAAUGCAUUGGCAUCACCACCAUCUGGCGAACAAAAGAGCACAAUGAGCCAAGCUCAAAUAAUUGAGACGACCACGGACGAGCCUGCUCCUGAGUACAAAGUCCCGAAACCGCGGACUGCGUUUUCGGCGUUUGUCGAUCACCCUCAGGAGUUUAUCGUGUUUCUGGAGGCAUGCAUAGCAUCAGAAGAACUUCGCGAAGAUGACAAGGUCGAUCUUUACACGACAUUGUUUGAGAUGUACCUGCACACUGCAUCCUCCAAGAAGGACGGCGAGCGACAAGAAUGGGAGAGCAAAGCCAAGAAGCUUGUCGAAGGCAAAAACAUUCCCAUAGACACAUCCAACGUGCUGCUGCUUUCGCAUCUCUCCAACUUCCGCGACGGAGCGAUUCUCGUGCGCGAGCAGCAAGGCCUCUACUUUGACAUUUUCCGCUCCUGCACCGCCGCCAACGACACGCAGGGCGCCAUCCGCGCACUGCAAAAGUACGGCCCAGAAGAACCAGCACUCUACCCAGCUGCCCUCGCCUACUUCACCUCUUCACCAGACGUCCUCGCCGAAGCCGGGGAUGAACUAGACUCGGUCCUCAAGAAGAUUGACGACGACGGCCUGAUGGCACCCCUGCAAGUCAUCCAAACGCUGUCCACCAACGGCGUCGCAACAAUGGGCAUGAUAAAAACAUACCUCAGCACAACGAUUGAGCGCGAGCGCGCCGAAAUCACCACCAACCGGCGCAACAUCGAGACGUUCCGGUCCGACACGUCGGCCAAGAAGGCAGAGCUUGAAGCCCUCAACACCAAGCCCGCUGUGUUCCAGAACUCGCGCUGCCAAGUCUGCAUGAAGAGCUUGGAGCUUCCCGUCGUCCACUUCCUGUGCAAGCACAGCUAUCACCAGAGCUGCUUGAGUACAGACGAGGACGUGCACGAUGCAGAUGUCGAAUGCCCCAUUUGCAGUGCGAACAAUGCGACGGUCAAAGCUAUCAGGCGGGCGCAGGUGGAGAGCGCAGAGAGGCAUGAUCUCUUCCAGGAUGCGCUCAAGAGGGGUAAAGAUGGGUUUGCGGUCAUUAGUGAGUGGUUUGGUAGGGGCGUCAUGGGUGUGGGUGGUUCAGAGUAGAUGAUGGUUGUUGGCACGUGUGUGUGUGUGUGUGUGUUCAUGUAUGUAUGAUGGGCAAUCGUUAC